AACUGAGAAAUGUUUACACAUGUUUCUGUGCUUUUCAUGUUUUUAUGUUUGAUUUGAUUACAACGCGAAACAAAGUAAAAUAAAACUAAUUAUUGAAUUGUUUUCGAAUGUACCUGUAUAUAUUGACAUUUAUUUAAAAUGGUAUUCAGUUGUUGUGUACCAAAUUGCUCAAACACUAAUAAACAAACAACAGUUCAUCAGUUUCCUAGAGAAGAUAAUGUUAUAAGAUAUAAUCAAUGGAUAGAUGCAAUUGGCAAUUUUAAACUAAAGAAAAUGGAAAGAAACAAAGUGAUUAAGAAUUAUCGUGUCUGCCAAAAUCAUUUUAGUGCACAACAUUGGUUUCCAAUGAACAAAAAUGCUUCCAACUUAAAAAAGACUGCAGUGCCUGAUCAACACUUGCCUAUAAUAAUAGUAAUUGAUGAGAAAAGCAAGUUGAAUGAGAUUGAAACUGGCUCUACUGAAGCUAUUGAUUCACCUAUUUCAAGAGAGGAAAAUACAUCUAUUGCUAAAUGUGUCAUUUGCCAAAAAUUCAUACCAGCAAAUGAAAGUAAAAAAUAUGAUAUUGCAAGUACACACAUGCUCCAAGUAGGAAUGACGUUAAACGAAUUUAUAAUUCAAGAAGUCUUUGUUCAUAAAAACGAACAAAUAAAAUGUUAUAAUAGUUUUUGCUGUCACUCUUGCUAUAUGUUAAUGCUGGAUCUAGAAGAAUAUUUGACAAAAGCCAAACACAUCAAAGAUUUGAUUAUCAACAUAUCUCUGAAGGCACAUGAAACUUUACAAAAUAUGAAAAUUAAUGAUGAGAAUUGCAAUGCUUUUCAUACUGCCACAUCAACAACUCCAAGAAGCGAAUGUAAUAUUCUUACUGAAAGUCUGCAUCAACAAACAUGUAAAGUUGCAAUAAAAGCCCAAGAGCAAGAUAAUUUAGAACCAAAUUUGAGUAAAGGGAAAGGUUCUUUUUGUUGUGAGAUAUGUGGGUAUUGUUUUACUUUGAAGAAUGAAUUUCAACUACAUUUGAAAUCGCACUUAAAGGUAAAUUCUAUUAAAUGUUCAAAUUGUGAUAAAUUCUUUAGCAAUAGUAGAGAUCUUAAAAGACAUGCAAUAAUUCAUUCCGGUGUACGGCCGUACAAAUGUGAACUUUGCGAUAAAACAUUUUCACAUAGAAGUUCGAUUCAAGCUCAUAAACAAGUACAUGCCGGAGUAAGAAAGUUUUUAUGUGAAAUUUGUGAUAGAACAUUUAUGUUUAAUUCGCAUUUAAGUCGGCAUAUGAAGAUACAUUCCGAAUUAAAGCGAUUUGAAUGCUCAGUUUGCAAAGCAAAAUUUUCAGAGAGAUAUAAUCUGACAGCUCAUAUGAAAAAACACAAAGUUUGUUCUUCUUAAUAUACAAAUACAUUUUUAUUAUAAAUUAUUUUUCAUUUGACGCUAUUUUUUAAAUGUUUCUAUAAUAACGCCAUGUUAUACGGGGUUCAUGUGGGAGGACACGGAUUUUUAAAUGAAAACAUAAACAACAUUACUAAAAGCAAAAGAAUCUAAAAACAAA